UGUCAGUGUGUGUAGCUUUAGUGUGCUUUUAAAAGAAGCUCGAGUCUGUCUUCUGACCUUCUUUACAGACGUGAACAUGAUGAUCCUGAACACCUUUGCCCUCACAGCCAUCGUGCUCACACUCUCAGGUGUGAAAGCGCUUGUGUUGACUCAGGAGAAGACGAUGUCUGUGCAGACUGGGCAAAAUGUGAAGAUUUUGUGUUCACCCAGUACAAGUAGCUGGACCAUAACAUGGUACCAACAAAAACAUGGAAAAUCUCCAACAUUCUUGCUUGCUGAUAGCACCAGAGCGAGUGGCCUGCCAAGUCGGUUCACUUAUAGUGGCUCUGGAUCCCAAGAAUAUCUGCAUAUUAACGGUGUUCAGGCUGAAGAUGAAGCCGUGUAUUACUGUGCAUGUCACAACUGUGUGCAAAGCCAUGCAACUUUCGGUGGAGGCACUGAACUGACUUUUGGUACUCCAUCUCCUCCGUCCCUCGUUCUGCUGGCUCCCUCUCAGUCUCUCUCCUCAGCUGAUGGAGUCAGGGUGGUGUGUCUGGCGCAGGGUUUCCGUCCUGACGGUGCCACUCUGUCCUGGUCUGAUAACGGCAACGCUGUAACGGGUGCCGAGGUACAGACGGGUUCGUCUCAGCGCCAGUCUGACGGCACCUUCAGCCAAAACAGCGUGCUGCUACUCAGCCCAGAGCGCUGGAGCUCCGGACGAAUCUACACGUGCCACCUGAACCACCCGGCUCUGACAGCACCACUGAGCCAGAGCGCAAGUGCUGAAAAGUGCAGCUAAACAACAUG